AUGGGUGUUCCGGCCUUGGCCGGCUUGAUCCGUCUAUUGGCGGCUACUUCGGAUGCUCCUUGGUGUUUUUCUCGCUCCCCUCGUGUGGUUUUACGCCCGGCUUGCCCAUCCGCCUCGACCGUUGCCUCUCGCUCCCGCUUGCUGCCGUCCAUCUCUUGUCAUGCGGUUUCUCUCUUUCGUCCGGCUUUGUGGAUAGCCAAGCCCGGCGGCCUUUGCUAUCUAUGCGAGCAAGCCAAGCCGUUGCUCGUCGGCCCUACUAGCCCCCGUUCUCGCUAUGCCGUUAAGGCGCAAUUGGGGUCCGCUUACACUUGCUAUCGGUCACGUCCGCUCGCACCUAUUUGGGCGGGCCUACUCGGCUGCUCUGCUACCCUUCCUGUUUUGACAAUAGCUAGCUCCGGGUCUCCUAUCUUAGUCGAAGGUCGCUCAAGUGGCCGGCUAGAGUCGGAGCGUUGGCCAUGUAGAGAAUCCGAGCCUAGGCGAUUCUCGGAGGCCUGCUAUUGGGGGAGGCUUAGCGUGCUCGGUCUUGACGAGCUUCGCCCUCUCGGUUGGGACGAGCAAUCGGAUGAGCGAGUUCGGGAAUCUCAUCUCGCCUCUUUGGUUCGGAUAGACAAGGGUAAAGCGCCUACGGUAGCUCCUUCAUGGGUAGAGCCGGCGGAUUCUAUGGUUGGCGCGGGCGCCCGGCCCGUAACCGCUAGGGUUCGGGACGGCGCGGCGCCAGGGGGGUCGGCCUCCAGCGCGGGCAUGGGCUCGGUGACUCCGAGCCGUCGGUAG